AUGUCUUCGACUAAAGUCGCUACCGCACAAUUUUACAGCCAUACCGAUGUUUCAGCAAAUCUGCAACUAUGUGUAGAUUAUAUGCGACAAGCCAAACACAUUGGGGCAAAACUAAUUGUAUUUCCAGAAAAUGCCAAUCGCUGCCGCGACUUCAAGACGAGAGAGGCAGCCUGGGAUACAUGUGAAGACCUAGAUGGCGCUUUUGUUCGAGGUUUGCAAGCAGCCGCCAAGGACUUGGGCAUCAUUGUCGUCGCCGGCGUGGACAUUAAGGGCACGACCAAGCCGGACUGCCAUAUCGCCCAGGUUAUCAUUAGUGAGAAGGGCGAGCUUUUGUACACUCAUCUGAAGACGGUGCUUUGGGACUACGAGUACACGCUGUUUGUUCCCGGAUCAAAGGAGCUCCGGGUUACACCAACCUCUGUGGGCAGGAUUGGUCUCCUCAUGUGUGCCGACGGCAUCUGUCCCGAAGUGCCACGGAUUGCCGCCCUCAAGGGGGCUGAGAUUCUGUGCAAUAGCUUGAACUCUAGGGGCCCUGACGAGAUGCGCUGCCACGAGCCGUUACGUGCCAUUGAGAAUCAUGUUUGGAUGAUUGCGUCAAACACGGUUGGUGGUCCUGAAGAUGGGUAUCCGUGGACUGGCGGCUCCCAGAUUAUAUCUCCGAAAGGGGACAUUCUUGCAUGUGCUGGGGAGACUGAUGCUGGCCUGGUGUAUGCAGACAUCACGCCCGCCACUUCGUUCCCCAAGCAUCUCGGCGGUGGUCUUGGACUGCUAAGCAAAUUCAGACGGCCGGAUCUCUAUCUGGAAUUACUCAAGCCGCUGAACACUCACGCUGCAGCAUCAAUGUAUGGCCCGAUACCUGAUGACACUCCGAAGAAGCCAUUGAAAAUCGCCACGUUACAGUUAUCCUGGUACCACUCCACAAAAUGGACCAUCACAAGAACACUCGGUCAAAUCACCUAUGCCGCCUCGCGUGGCACCCAGCUCACCGUGUUCCCAGAGCUGUGGUGUUUUCGUCGUGGUGAAGUGGCAGCUGAUCCUGGAGCUGCCGCCGACUUCUCCGCCGACCUGCUGGAACAGAUCAAGCAGACAGCGGCCAAGAGCUCCAUAUACGUGGUUGCCAAUCUGGUUGAGCGCGCGGCAGCGACAGACGAUGGCGGUUGCGCGAAAUUCUACUCGACGGCCUACCUCGUUAGUAGCAGUGGCACAGUGGCGGCCCGAUACCGAAAGGCGCAUCUGGGCGAGGCAGAGCGGUCUUGGGCAACUGCUGGCAGCGAUGGUCUGGUGGUGGCUGAUACGCCAAUCGGGCGCAUAGGUCUCAUGAUUGGCAACGAGGUCUGGUUGCCCGAGGUGUGCCGGAUCUUGACGCUGCGUGGCGCCGAGGUCAUUGCGCAUCCGGCUGACUGGGAUCGCAUCGAGGCUGCAACCAUGGCGGCCGUAGAGCGCACCGAGGAGAAUCGAACGCAUCUGGUGUCGUGUGCGCGGACCGACAAUCCGGCCAAGUUUGGAAGUCAGGUAGUCGUGGCUGACCGGUUCCGGUUCGGUCAGUGUAUCGCUCUCAUGAGAUAUCCGACGGCGAUUUGGUCGAGAACGGGCUUUGAGGAGAAUAUCUUCCAUGAGCUGGACUUGAUGGAUUCGCAUAGCAAGAUGAUGGGGUUUCACUUGGAUCCGGUCGCAACAAUGCAGCCAGCGUUAUACGGAGUGUUGGCGGAUAUGAAUGAUAUCAAUUGA